AUGGUACAAGAUUCAGGACAGACCAAAGGAAGUAUUUCUUCACGCAGCAUGCGCCUAUCUGGAAAUCAGCUCUCUAGGAUCCCAAGGGAAGCAUUUUCUGGCCUCUACAAUUUAAAGAUUUUGAUGUUACAGAACAAUCAGCUAAGUCGGAUUCCAGCAGAGGCUUUGCGGGAUCUUCCAAACCUCCAAUCACUACGCCUGGAUGCCAACUUGAUCUCUGUGGUGCCAGAGAAGAGCUUUGAGGGGCUUCCCUCUUUACGUCACCUUUGGCUGGAUGAUAAUGCCCUGACAGAGAUCCCUGUCAAAGCGCUUAAUAACCUACCAACUCUACAGGCCAUGACCCUGGCACUCAACAAAAUCAGGCACAUUCCUGACUAUGCCUUUGAGAACCUUACUAGCCUUGUGGUUCUACAUCUACAUAACAACCAGAUCCAGAGUCUGGGAAUACAUGGCUUUGAAGGACUUCACAGCCUGGAAACUCUGGACCUAAACUAUAAUGAGCUGGUGGAAUUCCCAAUGGCCAUUAGGACACUCGGACGACUUCAAGAGCUGGGUUUUCAUAACAACAACAUCAAGGCUAUUCCAGAGAAAGCGUUCACUGGAAAUCCUUUACUUCAGAUUAUAACUUUGACACGAGCUGGAAUCCGCUUGCUUCCCAGAGGAAUGUGCCAAGAGUUGCCCAGCCUUCGUGUUCUUGAGCUCUCACACAAUCAAAUUGAGGAGCUGCCCAGUUUCCAUUAUUGCAAGAGGCUGGAAGAAAUUGGCCUUCAGCACAACUGCAUCCAUGAAAUUAAAGCAGACACCUUUGGGCAGCUCACAGCCUUACACUCCAUCGAUCUGAGUUGGAACUGCAUUCAACAUAUCCAUUCUGAGGCUUUUGUGACCCUCAAUUCUCUUAUCAAACUAGAUUUGACUGACAAUCAGCUAGUGACACUGCCCUUGGCUGGUCUGAAUGGAUUGACUCAUCUGAAGCUCAAAGGCAACCCUGCACUGUCUGAACCAUUCAGUAAAGAAAGCUUUCCCAAGAUAAGGAUCCUGGAGGUGCCCUAUGCCUACCAGUGCUGUGUCUAUGGAGCAUGUGGCAACUUCUUCAAAGGCUCUAGUCAUUGGGAUUUGGAGGAUAUGAGCCCUGAGGAUGAGGAUGGCCCCAAGAAGACCUUGGGACUAUUUCCAGGCCAUGCUGACAAUCACUAUGACCUGGACAUAGAUGACUUCCAGCUGGAACUUGAUGAUUCAAAGCUAUAUCCCAACAUCCAGUGUACACCAAGCCCUAGUCCUUUCAAGCCCUGUGAUCACCUGUUUGAGAGUUGGGUCAUCCGCCUAGGGAUCUGGCUGAUCACAUUGGUCUCCAUGUUGUGCAAUGGGCUAGUCAUGGUGGUUGUCUUUGCUUCACCUGGCUAUCUCUCCCCCAUCAAGUUUGUUAUUGGCACCAUUGCUGGUGCCAACAUAUUGACAGGCCUGUAUUGUGCUAUUCUGGCCUUUGUGGAUGCAUUCACUUUUGGUCAUUUUGCAAAAUAUGGAGCCAGGUGGGAAACGGGUAUAGGGUGCCAGGUGACUGGAUUCCUAUCUGUCUUUGCUUCAGAGGCUUCCAUUCUUCUCUUAACACUGGCCACUGUGCAGUGCAGUCUCUCAGUGUCAUGCAUGCGGACAUAUGGAAAGGUUCCAUCCUUUGGCACUGUCAAGGCAGGCGCCUUGAGUUGCUUGUCACUCUCUUUGGUAGCUGCAGUGCUGCCUCUGUUUUCUGUUGGGGAGUAUGGCGCAUCUCCACUCUGCCUACCUUACCCACUCCCCGAUGGUAAGCCUUCCAUGCUGGGUUUCAUGGUGACCUUGGUGUUGGUAAACACCCUCUGCUUCCUCAUUAUCACGGGGACAUACAUCCGCCUCUACUGCAACCUGUUGAAAGGUGAGUUUGACUCUGUAUGGGAUUGUGCUAUGAUUAAGCAUGUUGCUUGGCUCAUUUUCACCAACUGUCUUCUCUACUGCCCUGUGGCCUUCCUAACAUUCUCUUCCAUGCUCAGUCUCUUUCUCAUCACCCCUGAAGUCAUCAAAUCUGUGCUGUUGGUGGUGCUUCCUCUGCCAGCCUGCCUGAACCCCCUGCUCUACCUGCUUUUUAACCCCCAUUUCAGAGAUGACCUGCGGUUACUGAAGCAGAAAAGGCAAGCUCAGGAGAGCUGUGCCCAAUCCUAUGUGUCUGAGGACACAGAGAAGAGCUCAUAUGACUCUACUCAGGCCCUUGUUGCUUUCUCUGACAUGGAUCAUAUAUUUGAGGCACCAGACAUCUUUCGAGUGCCUUCAAGCUGCUCAUCAGUCCUAGAUGCCUAUAGCUUCCCUUCAAUGACUCUCAUUCCAUGUCAACAAAGAGCAGAUGCAAAAGGAUAUGACAAUGGCUUUUCUACCCAUCUCUCCUACCUUGCUGAUGAUGAACUGCUACUGGCACCAGAAAGCAGGGACACAACAAGGAGCAGCCUUCGGAUUGCUUUGUUUCCCACAACACCUACACCAGCCUUCACUUCUCACUUAUAAACAGUCCUUCACCUUUCCAGACCCAAUGUAAAUUUCCUCAGUAAAAAACCUAUGCAAAGACACCAUGCUGUAGCCAUCAACAACUUGGGGCAAUGGCUAUUCUGGGAAAACAGCCCAGUUUAUUGCUUCUUCUGGAAACAGGGCUUGAUCACCUGCAAGGUGCUUCCAGUCCACAUAUUGCUUGCUAGAGCAUUGUCUCCUCCUCCCUGCAGCAGUAUGCAGAGUAUUCCUCCUCAGGAGAGGAAAAACUAGAAAAGAGUUUAAAUCCUUGGCUAUUGCAUAACAGAGCACGGCUGUAGCAAAACCAGAAGCUUCUGUGCUCCCUAACCAAUCAUGACUUGGUUUUCUGGGAUAUUUUUGACUCCUGAUGAGUUGUGUGGGAUCAACAGCAGAUCAUAAUGGAGUGUUAAGAUGGAGAAUCUUGUCCUAGGACAGUGACAGAGCAGGUAUUGUUCUGGGUGAUGUUAUGACUAAUAUGAUAGACACCACUGUCCCUGCCAAAGCAUAAAUACAUAGAAACAUCAUUGGCUCUUCCCCUCUCGCUCUCUGUAAUGAGAUUCAUUAUCAAUUCUGCUUUUACAAAAUAAUGUCUAAAGGCUUUUACUAAAUAGGUCUGGACUUCAUUAUGGAAUGCUGGUUUUCAUAGAGCCUAGGGUUUGAGUUUUUUUAAUGAAUUACAGUAUCUAUCUAUCUAAAAUGUAACUCCCAAGAAAUUAAUGUGUCCCAAAACCAAGGUCUGUUAUAAUAGUGUGGCUAUCUGUGAAUUGAAGUGCAGUGGUAAAUCAAAGAACAGAAGAAGUCUGGAACCUCACUCCUCUAAGAGCCAGACCAUGAGACAGUUUUAAGUUUAGCUCACUGUUUAGGAUAGGCUGCAUCUCCUUGGUCCUAGUUCCACCAGAACCCAUAAGCACAAAUUCUUAGAGCCUGUGAGCUGGAAAAUUUCAGGAAGGCAGCCUUAAGCUAGAGGCCCCCAUCCAGACUGUUGAAGAACAAACAGUACAUAAAUAUUUCUGCUUUGUAGCACUCUCCAUUUUUAAAGCUGCCAGUGCUACAAGGAAGAAAGCUAAAUACUAAACAUACCCAUACACUCAAGAGAAAGGCAAGACACAGGCUUAUUAAUCAUAAAUCAAAGAUUCCCAUCGUGACAUAUCUUUACCAACCAGUGUUAAUCCAACACAGUUUAACUGCACUAAAGCCAACCAUUACGUAUAUUGUGAUCCAAUUAUACUGUAAUAAUAAUUUAAGCAGCACUCAUAAAGGCUUGACAUAGCUCAUGUCUGAAGACAGUAACAAUAUAUUAUGGCUUUGGGAUUGCACUUUUAACCAUAAACCUUUCAACUUUCUUUGUAAAUUAAGGAUAGAAAUUAUAAAAGAGAAUUUAUACCUCUUGCCUUCCCAUCUAAAGGAACCAGUAGUUCUGUUGUGGAACAGCUGCUGUUGUGUGCACUGAAGUCAUUUCUGACUUAUGGUAGCUCUAAGGUAACCUUAUGAUGGGGUUCUCUCAACAGGAUUUAUUCAAAGGGGGUUUGCCAUUACCUUCUUCUGAGGCUGAGAGUGUGUGCCUUACCAAAGGUCACCCAAUGGGUUUCUACAGCCGUGCAAAUUUGAACCUUGAUUUCCUAUAAUCCUAGUCCAUUACUUAAACCGCUACACCACACCAGCUUACAGUAACAUAUAGCAAAUAGGGAGCCAGAUUCCUACUGAUGGCAGUUAAAGUCACUGUGGGGUUAAGGCAUUCAAGUAAAUUUGUGUUAUAAUUUUGAUGGACUCAUUUCCAAAAUGAACAAGUUGGAGAAACUGCCCUAGCCUUUUAAGAAUUGAAGGUUGCUGGAAAAGCCCAAAAUAAUUUUUCCAAUCUGUUCUUUGCUGAGAUAGCAUAGCUGUCAACAUUAAUAACUUGUCCAGUGUUCUAUGAGGACAUUUUUAUUAAAGGAAUUUUCUCCUAACACAUGAAUACCUCAGAGGAAAUACUAUGAUACAUACAGUAAGUGUACCUUUAGGGAAGCUCUUAAUAGAGUCGGGAGAGAAACCUUAAGACUGAAACCCAGGAGAAGUGAAGAAUGUUAUAAACAGUCUGGAUACAUUUUCCUUCUGUCCCUUGAGGUUGAUUUGGCAUAUCUAAUAAGUCUAGUUAUGGCAGAGUUCUGGUUAGACAGAACUCGAGUUCUUAAUUCCUCAGUUGUUACCUAUGCUUAUGGCCUUAUCCAUAGACAGUAAAGAUUGACAAAUAUAUAAUAGGAAGACUCAUUAUGCCUUACUCAAAAGAAGAUAGGUGCAGCUAGUAUAAUAGGAAGCACUUGAAUUCCAGAGGGUCUCACAUGAAGUUAUACAUUAAGAAAUAAUUGAAUUCUUGGCAUAAGCUAUUAAUCAGUGCUGCUGUCAGCCAGGUUCCCAGGUAGUAAUCAGCCACAUGAAGAACUUUCUUCCUUCAGUAAUGAAGUAGGCAAAGAGCACCUUGUGCACCAAAUUCAGAAAUCAAAUCCAGCAGGAUUGCUAUGCUCACACAUGAAAUAACUUACACAGCUGCCCUUUACUGCACCAGUAAAUUUACCAGAAAGGAUAAAGAUCAAAGGAAGCUACCUGCUUAUCCAGAAACAAUAUUGCACAGCUCUGAGCAUGUUUACUCAGAAGUGUGUCCCACACUGAAUUCAAUGAGAUUUAUUCUCAAGUAAUUGUGUUUAGUAUUGUUGCCUUAGGGAUUUGGCUUGCCAAAUGCUGAGCAUGCUAUUGUACAUAAAACAGUAAACACCACUGGCUUUCCAUGUGGACUUCAUAUUACACAAUAUUCCUAACCUACAAGGAGCCUGAUUAAAAUUCUGAAGGUCAGGUAGAUUAAUCCAUAGUAGGAAUAGACAACUUCCUGGGAUUGUGGGGAGGACAUUUUUUUUUUCUUUAACACCCUGCAAACAUCCUAGAGGAUGUGGGGAUAAUUUUGCUAUGUAUGUGUUGGCAGCUCUUCUGGGCUGUUUUACUUCUAGGACAGGCCUUUAUCUAACAGGGAAGUUAACUGGCAUUCAUUAAACCAAUUUAAUUCUUCAUUAAAGGCCUCUGCUAGACCCAGAACAGCCUCAAAUACAUAACAAGCUACAAUGGGGGUCAGGCGAGGGAGAACAUUUUGAAUUCGUAAAAAUGGGGAGUGGAGUAUUAGGAUGCUGAGGGACUGCAAAAUUGGUCCUAGGGAGUAUACUUUAGUUGGAAUUCAAAAUACUGACGUUAAAAGAAGUGGAUUGUAUCUUAGUUGUGUCUCAUAAUAGAAGAACAUCUCACUGGAACAGUCUAUAUCACAUGCAGCUGGGAGCCGAGAAAAUUACUUAACCAAUGUUAGAAAUCUACUGCAACAUUUUAAAUUUAGGGAAAUGAAACAAAGUGUAUAAAGCUAUGCAUAAUUAUUUCUGCAUUCUGCUAGAUAGUUCUUUGUCCAAAGCAAGCCCUGCCCUUGCCUGUUGUACAGAGGAAAAACAUGCAACCCAAUUGUACAGGCCUUACAGAUACUGCAGCAGGGGAUGUUCUAAGACCCCAAAAACUUCAUAAAUUUCAAACAUGCCUCAGUCACCAUGUAUCAUGUCUCUAAACAUGAUUUUAAAGCCAGAGUGGAGAAAACUUGGCCCCAGCUCCCUAAGGUUAUAGGGGACAUUUUCACCAUCUUAGGC